CCCGAUCAUCCUCAGCUCACAACUCUCCCAACAUCGCUUGAACAUGAAUCCCGACACUGGCGACCGCUCCGAAAUCUACCCCAUAGGCCGCAAUGCCUGGGAUGUAGCGUCUUUGCCUGAAGGUUUCUACUUCCACUACGAAGGACGGAGCGAGCUCCAUCAUCUUCCGCGCUUACCGGCGAUUUAUCGCGAUGUCACUACGCAGACUGAAGUGCCGCUUCAUCAGGCGAAUGCAGAGGUUGAAGGAGAGCCAGGAUGGGAAGAGGUCGAGGCUGAGCCGAGUGAUGAAGGUGCUUCGGAUACCGGGUUCGCGGAUGCGGUUUUCAUUGAGCGGCCGGGGAGGGACACAGCGGGGACUUCCAGGCAAGAUGCAGCUUUCGAAAAUCCCCCGGCCACUCGAGUUCAGACCGCUAUUCAUAAUCCCGGGACACCCAUUGGUCCGCCCGCUCACCAGGGACGCGCAGCUCCGGUAGAGAGCGAACCCACCACAGAUGGCGAUUGGGUUACCUUUUGGCCACCCCGUUCCGCACGAGAUAAUCUGCGUCACUGGCGUAGACCGAGUAUCAUAAAUGUUCUUCCCAGGCUGCCCGAAUAUUGUCAAGAGGGGUCCCGCGGCUGUCAGAGUCUCUGGCUUCGCCUUUUACCGGACGAUGUUGCUCGGCGCCCUCGCCAUGCUCAUAGCGGGCACCAACACAGGUCAGACCAUCGCCAUCGCCAUCACCAUCGCCAUUCCCACUCCCACUCCCACUCCCUCAGAGCAACCGAAGCCGGUCCAUCUCAUCAAUAUGUCCCGGAGCCCCGACCUGCCGAUCCUCAAGGCUCUUCUAGGAUUCGGUCUCUCGACACGCGCAGCGAUGAGGAAAACACCGUCCGACUACAAGCUAUCCGGCGUGCAAGGAAUAUGGCUGUAGACGCAAUUAAUCGGUUGAGCGACCGGCAAGAUCGUCUGGAGCUGUGGGAUGCCUUGCUAUAUGUGGCCCGGUAUGUUGCGGGUUGGGAGGAGCGGUUGACGCUGUACAAAGAGCUUAUCGACGACGCUGAGAGGCGGGAAGAAGAGUACCAGAGCAAGAGGAAGGAUAGUGGGAAGGCUUUACCUUCGGGAGUCUCCGACUUGACCAGCAUACUGGGACUGCGAAGCUGGAGUGAGCGCUUUGCGAAAUGCUACCAGUCAGUUUCCUGCUUACAGCGUAAACAUGUCAUCUAUACGAGACGUCAGUAAGUAAGAUAAUAUGAAUAACGUGAGUUAGGAGAUUAGGUGACUAUGGUCGGGGCCUGAGUUCCCAGGUUCCGUUCGGGUGCUUGCCGCUGAAGUAAGCCACGCGACCACGUGACCACGUAUAGGAC